GUCAGUGUCUCAUGUCAACCUUGGAAAGUUAACUUUUGAACUCAAGUUUAUUGACCCACAUUAACUCAGUGAGGGCUAAAGUGAAAGUACAUCUGCCAAAAUGUCAUUUCAGAAGACUUAAAACAAUUGUUAUUGAAAAUAAUAAGUCCAACUGGUAGCUUGCUUCUAACUAGGCCUAGUUCAUGGAAAGACAAGGGGGGCUUGGGGGCCCUUGUCCUUUGGAUUUUCACGUAGAAGUUUGAAAAGUAGUACCUUCUUUCGCCUGUGCGAGGCGUUGUUGCAUGUGUGACUAGUCACCACUAUUUCGUUGCGAACUAUGUCGAUAGAUUUUCUUUUCUUUAUAAGAUUUCGAUGCAACCCAUGGACCAUGUGAAAUAUGACUAGCUGGCUUCGAGAAGAAACCCUCUGGGUUCGGAUGACAUUACUGACACCUACUUAAAGACCUUAUCACGGAACAUUUCUGAAGGACAGUAUGUAAUAUUGCAGCACUUUAUAAAACUGGUAACUUCAAGAUUCGCUUGCUCAGUAAAUCCGGAGUACUUCUUGGAAGUAGCGCAAAUAAGACUGUUGGAAUUUUGGGAUGUGUUGUGUCCGUGCUGUGGAGGUGCGCAGCUGUUCGGCUGUCUUUCCUAAACAACUGAUAAUUGUUGUUGACUAGCAAUACUGAGCUAGCUGGGAAGGUAACGCUGACGGACUGGGUUCAGAAACCACAAGUUAAAGUAAAUCAUCGCAAAGAAGAUUUUACCCGAAAGCAUUCAUUGAGCAUUGUCAUUUGCCAAACUUGACGUCGGUCGGUGAUAUGGCCAUUAAAAGACUUUUCCGAUGCGACAGGUCUUGCAGACAUGUAGUUUGCUAGCUCUGUUUAAGUCACCGUGAACUUGACGCAAACUGUCUGCCAGCUACAUAAACUUGCCUUGUGAUAAUGCUAGCUGGCUGAAAUUCAUCAAACACGGGCAAAACGGAAAUCUUAACUUUGAACCCAACGCUUGCAACUGGGCCCCAGGAGUCAGGUAGAGAUUUAUUUACUGAAGAAGAGAUAUGUUAUAAAACGGAAACUAAGGAGGGACUAUUUCCCAUUGAAUAAACGGCUGCAAGUUGCCCCGUACUCUAGGCGUGGGGCCUGCUGGUCAGGCUUCUGCCGGGUUUGAUUACAAAGUCAAGCCGAGUAGGCGCGUCUGGUCCUGGAAGCACUACCGCUUGCCCUCAGGCCCCAAGAUCUGAAAUGGAGAGAAUGGAAGUCGACCAGUGCGCAGGCGCAACUUGUGGAAGCGGAGGAGGGGCUCUCCGGAGGUCGAACAGUGCUCCUAUGAUCACCAGUGUCAGUGACGGCAUGACAGUGUUCAGCCCUACCUCCUCAGCCCGGUAUCGGAGGAGUAGUGUCUCAGUCAACCCCAGCUGCCCUCCGCGAGUCCUUUCUCUGUCGCAUCCCUUUUCGUCAGCCAAUGACAGGGCAGAGCACAAGCGACAGAAUGAGAAUAUGGAGCUGACACUCAGGGGCAGUCUGCAGAGACUAAGUGCCUCCCAGCCGGUCCCAGUGCCCACAGCAAGCCACUGGCAUGAUCACUUACCAGUGGGUUUCCACAAUCAAGACAGUGGGGCGACUCCCAACUCUUCCCCUAGUCCAAUUAGACGCUUCAGAGGCGGUUCAGUCAGCUCAGCCGUGAGGUGGCCUGCUCUGACUCCACUGAAGAGAAAAGGAGGUGUGGAAUCAGACGGACCCCCAAAGAAGCUAUUUGUUGCCGGAGUAACCGAACCAGCUCAUGUAACAAGUUAUACAGUCAGUGUUUCCCAGGGAGACGAAUCGUCCACGGGAGGGCAUCCUGUCUGUACAGGUCCCCAGAACAGCCCCAUAUCCCUGUCUCCGCCGCCUCCCUUCUCCCCCCAUCACCCCAGCCACUAGCGGUUCCAGGCAUCCAGGAACAGACAGCAUGCGUGGACCUGCAGCAGGGUAUUUGGGGUCACCGGAGCAACACGCUGACCUGGUGUUAGCGCUGUUAUCUCUGCUCACAUCAGUUAAAACAGAGUUCUGGCAAUCAGUGUUCUCUCUACACCAUCACAGUCUUUCCAUUCAGGACAACAACACUGUUAAACUUCUAAAAGCUGUAUAUAAUGGACACACUUAACGUUUUGAAGCAGCCUUUGUCGAAUCAGUAAUGUGCCUAUGAGAGAGAAAAGGAUGGUGUUUGUUGUGUAUGGCGAGAGUUUUAAGUGUUCCUACCUGGUUCUUCGGCACUGCACGUUGGGUAACCAAAAUACACUCUGACCAUGAUGUGAUACAGUUUGGACAUUGGGGUGGCGGUCAGGGUGCAUUAUGGUUGGCGUUCUGUGGUCCUAGGUUCAAAACCAUGGGGGGGAGAGAAAGACUGCUCCGCUCGGCCCCUUUGCUACAAUGAUUUAAAGUACAUGUUGAGUAUGUGACGAUAUCACAAACCACAAAAUUUGUCAAUGCAGUUACAUCCCAGGUGAUGUGAUGCAUUGAUGUAAUGUAGGGCCUGGCAUGGCACUUCAAAUACUUUUUUGUCUGGGAAUCCUAUGGUGAGAUUCAAGCUGAAUAGUGUCUACUAUUUGGAUAGCAAACUAGAAAUGAGCUGUUCUACUGGAUCCAUACCUCAACACUUUGGGUUGGGUGUUCAGUCGUGGGGUCUUUUCCACAUGCAAUAGUAUUAGAGAGGGAGGCCACUCACCGGUAAUAUAAAAAAUGUGUUCCUGUUUUUAUGAACCAGUUUUAUGAACCAGAGAGAGAGAAUACCCUCUGGUGCAGUGUCAAUAGCGUGGUCCAAAGUAGCCUACUGUUGCAUACAGUAGGUUUGCGUUCCAGGCCCAAUCCAAAAAAUAAGUGGAACACGAGACUUCUCUCACCUGAAUUAUUCCAGUUCCCAUAUGAAAUGAAAGAGCCCAAAUAACGUUUUUUUCCCCACCAUAUGUUAAAUUCAUGUUGACAUGUCACUAGUUGGGAUUGAGUGUGGAACUCAACAGUCCAGGACAGUGAGAGAGUGAUCAAUUGGAGAGGAAACGGCCGCUAUGCCUGUGCGUUCCUUUUAUACAUGUACAGUAUGUGAAUAUAUUUUAAAAAAAACAAUAAAUACACAUUCGAGCCAGGUCAAUGCCAAGCUCCUGGCCAAGUCUUUCAUAGUUGGGAAUGCCCCAGUCGUCGAACACAGUUGUAGACAUAUGUAACACGUUAGGGCUUUAAGGAGAGGGGUUACCCCAGGACAGGGUUUGAAAAGAGGUGUAAAUCCUGGGUUCAGAAAGGUAACAAAAAGCCCUGCCGUGAAUUUGAUCCAAUCUCAGCUGACUCAGCUGAUUGUAAUGAGUACUCAAGGCAGGUAGACCACCUCACUCAGUGAUGUCACUUGUGUAGGAGGGACAUUGGCAGGGUUUCUACUACUGAGCUGGGAUUUAGUUUUCACACAUCUGGUUUUGGUUAACUUGCCUCACAGUCAGGGAAUGCUGGGUACUCGAGAAGAUGGAAUCAGGGAUUAGAAAAGUGUAAAAUUUCUAUUUGCCUGGCUCUCUUGGUAUUAAGUGUUGCUUAGAGGAUCACACAUUGAAAAUAAUCACAGCGAGUUGCUCUUCCUUUCCCCCAUCUUGACUGUGGUGUAAAGUUGUAUUUAUAAUUCUUCGGUCCGCGCAUGACUCAUGUAAAAAUAACAAAUCGUAUCAUGCUGCUGACAGAAGAUUCAAAGACGUUCAGGAAUAACUGAAAUAGUGAUUGUUUUGUGUUCCUCUUGUAAAGACCGCAUUGAAUAUUCACAUUGAAGGAAAAGAUGUGAUUCUAUUUACAGAUACCUAGUUUUUGCUUCCACCUUUGACUAUUUGCACAGUAUUUGUUGUAUGAUCAAUAUUGCUGUUACAUGAGUGGGAUCAUAUUUACAGUUAUAUCCUUUAAUUUUUGUGUGUUUGUUUGUUUUCAUGUUCAGAUAAUGUUGACUUGAGCAUUGCGCCUCUAUUUCACUUUCUGUUGCUCUUUAAAGAGUGAAUUGUACAGAGUUAGACAUAUGUAUGUUAAACUUAACCCAAAAUCAAGACCAUAUACAAAAUUCUUUUAAAUGGCCUCAGAUGUGAAGAGUUGUUUAUGUCUAUUGGCACUGCUAGGGACAGCCAGAAGCACUAUAGAGAAAUUUGUUAACAAAUGCAGCUGUCAUAUUUUGGCAAAUAUACGUAGAGCACAGCAUUCCAUGCUUUUUGUCCAAAGCCUGCAAACUUUGCCCCAGCACAAACCAAACCUUAGAUUAAGUAACAAGACUGAAAGGAAUGUAAAUCACAGUGACAUAACAUACAGGUAUGUGUGAAUUCAAUUGUGUGUCUUAAUUGGAUGUUUAAAUGAUUACCCAUUCUGUGAAAACCCAAUGCAUUUAUCUUUACCACAACAAUGUCAAGAUGUAGAGAAAAUGCUGCCCUGCAAUAACUUAAAAGAAACUUUAGGACAUGGGUUUUUAAGAUGGAAAAGACAUGUUUCUUCUGUAAUACUGUCUUCUACUUUCACAUGCAACUCUGCUUAUUUGUCAUAGAAUUACAGAGUUUGAAAAGUACAAGGAACUAUUCAUUAACUAUGGGGUGUGAAGCUAAUAGUUUCAUUAGUGACUUGUGACUUGUACACACUUGAAGGUGCUGCAUCUGAUCAUUGUAGUGACUUCCUGCUAAUUCUUCCAAAAAAAGGAGUUGACCACCAUCCCAAAUACUAGUGUGGGUAUUUCUCUACAAGCCUACAAGCAUUGGGAUACAGAGGGGACACCGGCCCUCUGAGAGCGUUUGAGUACAGAACACACUGUGCUGGUGCAGUUCACUUCUUUUUAUUCCACAGUUAACAGAGUUACACUAUAUGGCUUCACACAACCAUUUAUCUCCAAAUAUUUAUAUGGUUUCACAGCUCAUCGACAGCAUGUGUGUGCAUGUGUACUGUAUGUCUAUAAAGGGUUCCUCGUGUGUCAACAGGAAGUCAAAAUGCGCAGAGGGUGCAAGUCAAUCUUUGUCCUCCUGUCCUUCCCUGUGUCUUCUUGCCUCUUGCCUCACUGUGUUCCCACUAGAGCAUGACACAGGAGUGGAUUUUCACUCCCAUACCAUCCCGGUCCCAGAAAAAAAAAUCCCAUCCCGGACUGGAGUAAAAUAAACAAAUCCCAUCCCGUCCACUCCUGAAAAGAGUCUCCCAAUCCUGCCCACUCCCACUCAAAAUCAACCCCACUCCCAUUUCGUCAAAAAAACGAGGCUUUUUUGGUUGUUUUUUAAAGAAAAAAUAAGCGGCAUUCCCGCUACCGUUCAUUUUUAUUCCCGCUCCUGCCUGCUCCCAUUCAUCUUUAUUCCCGCUCCUGCCCGCUCCAGUUCAUCUUUAAAAUUUUGACUCCCAUCCCGCACGGGAAUUCCUGAAAAAUAUCAUCCUCUAGUCCCCACCUCUGUGGCAAAAACCAUGAACUUCCCCCACUAUCAACAAGUGCAGAUUGAGUUUUGGGGGAUUUUGACCAUUCAGCAUCCCUGUUGCAAAUGAGAGAAUGGCCUUUGCUUUAUGUUUUUGCAAAAUGUUGAAUAAAAACUUCACAUCCUUCCUGACCUACCUGAAUAAAAACUUCAGUCAUUGAUGAGGUCGAGCCAGAGCCCACAGGAAAGGAUGAGAGGACACAGAUGACUUACACCCAGAGAGUCCUUUUUGCUGGCUUUAUCUUGAGUAUAUACGUACACAAGCGCACUGUGCUUUCAAAUACUGUCCGGAAAAUGUUUGCACAGCUCUGUAGAGUAUAGCUUAUGUAUAUGCUUUUAGAAGUAUUUCGACAUGUUUUCUCCUUCAAGUCAUUAGUAGGCCUAUGUCUUUUUUUGUCUGGUUGUCCACUUAAUUAGCAGUGCCUUCAUCAGCAGAAGUCCCCCAAAAAUGUUGCCAAAUAUAUGUACAUAUAUUUUUUCUCACUUUAACUUUGAAAAGGAAUAUACAUUUCUUGUUGUAAUGUUAUAUUUAAUUGUUUCUGAUUAUUUCUUGUGGUCAUUAUUAGUUUGUCGUUUUCUUUUCCCAUUUCUUUUUCUUUUGAAAUUGUCUUUUGAAUAAUGUUCAAGGUAUCCACCAACUGUAUGACCUUCAAUUGCUGGGGUGUAAAAGUGGAGAAACAGCGACAGUAGAGCUUUCUGGGUGCGUUUCUCGACAACGUUAUUGCUAACUAAGUUAGCAACUUACUUGGUUGCAAUGCAAUUUCCCAUUGGCAACCUAACUGGUUAGCAACAAUGCUUUUGAGAAACAGGGUCCAGAGCCAUGGGCUUUAAGUACCAGUGCUUGGUUAGUGUCUCGCUAUUCAGCAUCUCUUAUCUCUGGUGUUUUAUCGGCAACUCUCUAAUCUGUUUCCUGUUACUUUUGGUUAUGAAGAAAUGUGUUACUUCACUGGCACAUCAGAGAUUGCAGAGGAAAUACUGCAGACAUGGCAACUUUGUGUUGUACCAUUUUGACCCAUCAUCUGAAUGCUUUUGAGAAGAAGCAAAAACAAAAAAAAAAUUGCAGAUGUUAAAGGUUCAAAGGCAAUGGGGAAAGUGUGUGUCUGUGUGAAACUGUUGCUUCAGAAGAGCUAUUAUAGCUUCAGGAAUAGAAGGUCACUUGAGAAGAAGGACUGGACUUGUUUUGUUUUGUAUUUUUCUUUUACUUUAUUGGCGUUCACCACUGCCAGUGCCUCAUGUUUUGGCAGUUGAAUUUACUUUGUAAAUGCUUUCAAAAUUCAAGUCAUGAGAAAAGACUGUGUAUUUUUAUGAAGCUGUAAUAUACAAAGCUGAAGGCAAUGCAGAUACGUUCCAUUUCCUGACAUUUUUCUCAUGGUAUAGUUGACUGACAUGUAAAAAUGUCAAUUUUUUAUUGACAGAAAAGAAAGAAAGAAACAUGCUGCACACUUUUAUUAUAUAUAUUGUAUAUGAAUGCAAUCAUGAUAAUAAAAUUCUUAUCAUAUCAUGACUUUAACAAUAUGCAUGUGCUUCAUUUUCAAUGGAUUUCCUGCACAGCCUAUUCUACACAGCUCUCAAUGACACUUGACCUUGCUAGCGUUGUAGUAAACCCUGUGCUCCAACACUAUAGAGAGAGACUCCCACAGUGUACUGUACUGCAUACCACAUAUCACAAACCUGUUAGUCUGCUGAUCUGCAUUGUAUUACCUCCGCCAAGGAAGGAGGUUAUGUUUUCUGUCACGUCAGUUUCUUUGUCUGUCAAAAAGUUAUGCACUGAUUUUGAUGAAAUUUUGUGGAGUUGUUGGAAAUGACAAAGGAACAAGUCAUUGAAUUUUGGUGGAAUUAAAAAAAAAGAUUCUUCACCAUUUCAGUAUA